GGCACCGGGGCCGGGCUUCCCUGGGGAUCCUGUGCCGCUCCUGGACAGGAGCCCCUGGACCCGCGGGCGCUGCCGGGGCGGCUCGAGGCGUUGUGGUGCUGACGGGAGGAGGGAAGGCCGGCCCUGGGAGCUGCGAUCCCCCGCGCCCAGGCGCUGUCCCGAAUUAGGGGAUACCCUAAUUCCUUGCACCCAGUGUGCCUGAGGCCGAGCCGCGCACAGAGCCGAGCAGGUGAUCCCUGGGAUUUCCAGCCACAGCCAUGGGAUUGUUUGACAAGCUGGCAGGAUGGCUUGGGCUGAAGAAAAAGGAGGUUCACGUCUUGUGCCUUGGCCUGGACAACAGCGGCAAAACAACGAUCAUCAAUAAACUUAAACCUUCCAAUGCUCAAACUCAGGACAUCGUUCCAACAAUAGGAUUCAGUAUAGAGAAAUUCAAAACUUCAAGUUUGUCUUUCACAGUGUUUGAUAUGUCAGGUCAAGGGAAAUACAGAGACCUCUGGGAACACUACUACAAAGAAGGCCAAGCCAUUAUUUUUGUCAUUGAUAGCAGUGACAAAUUAAGAAUGGUUGUGGCCAAAGAAGAACUUGACACCCUUCUGAAUCAUCCAGACAUUAAGCACCGUCGGCUGCCUAUUCUCUUCUUUGCUAACAAGAUGGACCUCAGGGAUGCAGUGUCAUCUGUGAAAGUGUCUCAGUUGCUGUCCUUAGAAAACAUCAAAGACAAGCCCUGGCAUAUCUGUGCCAGUGAUGCUCUUAAAGGAGAAGGAUUACAAGAAGGUGUGGAUUGGCUCCAAGAUCAAAUUACACAGUCAGAUGCAAGCAAUGAAGACAUGAGAGAUAAAUAAAGGAUCUAUGAGGUUCUUUUAUGCCCUUUGUCAGUAGGUGAACAAGUUUCUUGGAAAGGAAGAAUGAUUUGAAGAUGAACAUUUCAGCUAAAAUAUCCUGUAUUGACUUGUUUCAGUUUAGUAUUUCUUCCAGGAAAACUGAAUGUAGACAACCUAGCACCUCAGGUAUGCACAUUGAUGAAUUAAAUUGAAUCUUGUGACUGGAGAGCAUAUACAAAAAAAAAAAAUUGUGUUAACAAUAAACAUCUGCAUUCAUUUGAGGUUUAAGUGAUAAUUAGCCAUUAGUAAAUGCCCCUCUGUUUUUUGGGGGGACACCUUUUGAGGAAAUGGGAAUAUUUAUUUUCCAGAGAGAAUAAUCAACACUUCCUGAAAUCCAGCUACAUAAAAUACCUACUGAUUUUAAUUGCCUAGUUGCAGGCAUUACUGCCAUUUUUUUAUAUUAAAGUUUGAUUUUGGGUUUUUAUUAUCCAUCUCUAAUAUACAUCUAUAAGAGUAUUUUGAUUAAAGAUAUAAGGAUUCAAAUGUUCAGUGUAUUUGUUAUAGAUGAUUGCAGAUGUUUUUAAGAAAUUGCUUUUAAGAAAAUGUUACUAAUUGUUUUGUGAUUAUGCCAUGGUUAUAUUUGUAUUCCCAUCAAUAAAACAUCAAAUAUAUGACAUGCCCUGAUUGGGUUUUUUAACUUCAAUAUGCUCAUUAAUGAUCUUUACAUCCUAGAGAUUUUUGGUUUUUUAUUUUUUUCAUUUGGAAUGUGUUUAUCCAUAUUCAAGUGGAUAUAGCACUGUAUGUGUAAUAAAAUGGUAUCUCUGUU